CUGAACGUUUUCUCUCCAUCUCCAACAAACAAAAAAAUAUUUUUUGUGCAAGCUAAGCGCUCUAGUGGCUAUUGCGUCUUAACAUUUAAAUUUGCUUGAAAACCAAAGAUAAAAUUAAUAAUUAACAAAUAAAACAUGUGCAUGAACUCUUGAGUGAGUGGUUUAUUUGAGUUAAAUUGUUUGUCGGAUCAUGAUGUCUAUAAUCAAGUGAUAGAAAAAUAACUAAUCACAAUGGUUUCGACGAGGCAAAUGAGUAGUAUAGGCAGCAGCAAUGGUGGUGGCGAUGGCUCAGGUCCAUCUCACGCGGAGCCGGUCACGGUGGCCCGUGUGACACGACACUCGAGCGCCUUGCUUCCCGGGGGCUCCUCUCCGCAUGCCGGGUCUUCUAAAAAUACAUUAGCACCUCCACCAAAAGUAUUUACUACUAAUUUCCUUGACAUGCCAACCGAAGUGGUGGAAAAGAUUUUCCGCAUUUUGGGAUUCAAAGCAGUCGCGCAACUGAGAUUGGUCAAUAGGCAGUUCAAUACAAUUUGCAGUGGCUUAUUGAAUUCAACAUUCCAACGUCUACAAAAUCAGAUGCUGCAUAGAUUUCAGUCAAUAAAAGCUAAGAUGCCCCGAAGGGAGUCAGCUCGUCGAAGCCAUCCUUUGGCAUGUGAAUCAGAUAUCAUUGAGACAUUACAUAUGAGAUUGAGUUUAUUGCAAAUGACAUUUGGAAAGCACAUUGAGAGGAAACAUUGCUGUUUUUUUCCUGGAGAGAUAUUGGAUGAAGUGUAUGGCAUUCUUUCAUAUUUGAAAACAGCAACAAAGUUGGCGAGACCUUAUAAAGUAACGGAUGAGUUGUUUGAUUUAACUACAAUGGCAAUGGAAUAUUUUAAAGAGCACAUUGAACCUAAUUUGCCUGAAAUAACGUACUUUGGUACUGAUUUCUUUGAUAUUACUAAUGCAUUUUCACCGGGUGAGAGCAGCAAGUCGUACUUGUGCCUGGACUCGCCGCCGCCGGCCGCGGCGCCGGGCAGCAGCGCGGGCGAGCGCGACUCCGCCGCCAUACCCUACCUGGAGGAGAGCCUGCCGCCCUCGCCGCCGCCGCCGCAGAGCAACAUGGUGCUCAGGAAACGGAUACACCGCAUCAAACAGGGCAUGAAGAAGUACAAUGACCAGCUGUCGGCAUUGCGCACGGACCUGCGCAGCUGUAAGCGCAAGACAGCGCUGCAACAGAAACAGAUCGCAGAGCAGCAGAAGCAGAUCGCGGAGCAACAGAAGCAGACGCUGGAGUACGCCAACCGUCUUGACGAUUACGACAAGAAGAACGAGGAGACCAGUCGGAAGUUCCAGACUUUGUUGCAGGAGUUAAAUAAAUGCAAGACGGAGCUGCAGUACUGGCGGUCGCGGUGUUAA